AUGCAUUCACUAGAAUGCUUUAGAAAUAAAUUAAAUUUAAAUACAUUGCAUUUUUUUCAAAUUGGAAAAGAAGCAAAAUCAAAGAUAGAUGAUGUAGAAGUUUUUGAUGAUGAAAAGGAAGUAGACGAAGUAAAAAAAAUGAUAUAUCCUAGAAUUGUUAGUUAUGGUGAUUUUUCAGUUGAUCUAUACAAAGAAAAUGAAAAUUAUAAUAUAGAGAUAAUUGAAUUGAAGUGCAAUGAGAAAUAUCCUUACCAUUUAGAUCAUUUAUCAUUAAAAAUUUUAAAAGUUUUGAUGAUUACUAGAACUAAAAAGGUGGAUGUUUCCAAGUAUUUCAAUGAACUUUGUAAAAAACAUAACUCUUGUUCCUUAUCUGUUCAAUUAGAUGAAGAAAGAAAUUUUGUUGAUGAUAAAAAAACUAUACAUUUAAAAAUAAUAAAUGAUAAGAAAAAAAGACAUAGGAAUUCAAACAUAAAUAAAUUGAAAAUUUUCUUUGUAUGUGAAGAUUUAAUUCAUCAUUACGUUAUACCAACAAAAGCACGUCAUGUUUCUAGGUAUGCUUUUUCUUAUGGGAAAAUUGCAUACAUAAGAUGUGAAAAUCAUAAAACUGUUCGAAUUAUAAAAAUAUCAGGAAAAAUGUCUAAUGGAAAGUUUAACAUUAUAUCAAAGGAUGAAAUUUUAUCCUACUGUUCACAAAGAGAAAUAUGUAAAAUUAAUAUGCUAGAUUUAUAUAAGGACCAUAAAGAAUCAGAUUAUGUGUUUUAUGAAGUUAAAUAUGCUUGUAGAAUUCCACAAGUAUGUAGAUUAUGUUCUGAGAAUUCUACAUGUGAGUUAGAUAAAAUUUUCAAUAAAAAUAAAGAUGUUAUACAAUUUGAAAAUAAUUUGAAUAAUGGAGAAGACGAAGUAUUUAAUAGAUUAUUACCAAAAAAUGAAGAUGAAGCUGAAACUGAAGAAGAAAAAAAAAAAAUAAAUAUAAAAAAUCUUGAAUAUAAUCCAAUAUCAUUUGAUUCAAAUCAUAUGGUGAGUGUAGGUAAUAAUGCAUAUCAUAUAUAUGAAAUUUGCAAAUGUAAGAAAGGUUUUUUACAAGAAGGAUUAUUAUGCUUCAAAAAUGAGAAUCAGGAUAAGGAAAUAGAAAAAGAAAAUCAUAAUGAUGAAAAAAAAGAGAAUAUUAUUUUAGAUAAUAAAGAAAAUCAAAGGGAAGUUAUAAAUGAAGAAAGAGUAAAUAAUAAUAAUGUAGAAGUUUUAGAAAAUGAAAAUAUACCGGAUGAAAAAAAUAUGGUAAAUGAAAAAAUUAAUAACCAUAAUAAAGUGGAUAUUGAAGAUCCCUUAAACGAUGAAAAAGAAAAAAUAAAUAAUCCUGAAGAAAUACAAGAAAAUAAUAAUGAUUUUAUUAAUGAUGAUAAUAAUAUAAAUAUAAAUGAAAUUGAUGAGGAUUUAUCAAAUUCAAAAGAAAUACCUAACAAUAGUGAUCAAAUAAAAGAAGAUGUAAAUUUUACUUUAGAGGAAAGUUAUAAUAAUUUAAAAAAAGGAAGUAAAAUUAACACUGAAGAAAAUUUGGAUAAAACUAAAGUAGAACCAAAUUCGAUAAAGAUGGAUUCUUUUUCUAUUCUAAAUGUUUUUCAACAUACAUUAUUUUUAUUAUUUUUUGUUUCAUUUUUUUGA